AACUUUUUAACUACUUUUAAGCUAUAAAGAAGACACAACACCUCUUAUUUCUACUGCUAUUAUCUACUCUCAGUAAUCCAGAAGCCUUUUAUCCUCCUAUUUAAAGAUGGCCGCUUUUGCCAGACCCGCUGUAAUGACAUCAGUCGGUAGUACGGUACAUAUUGGUGCCUUUAUCUCUCAUACUGCUCUGUUCCUUCAAUUGAGACAAAGAGCAGCCUCACUCUCUCAACGGGACGGUAAUGCUGAUGACCUUGAUGUCAGAUGGAGUUCUGGUGAUGAUACUGUGGCAUUAGUUAAACAUGAUAAAACUGAACCUGAUGUUACUAUAGCAGCACCAGACUGGACUCAUUUACUGGGAGAAAUUGAUUAUGAAGUGACGCAAAUCAAAAGAAGAAUGCAUGAGUUGGAGGAGUUACAGGAUAAACACAGUACAAGACCUGAUGUGUUUGAUGAUGUUGAAGAAGAACACAACAUUGACAUACUAACUGCUGAAAUAUCACAAAUGUUCAGUAGGGCUAAGCAAGGAUUAUUAGUAAUCAACAGACAAGCUAAAAAUGGAUCAGAUCAGGAAAAGAAAGUUGCUAAGAAUGUUGUAUCAUCGCUAGCAAUCACACUACAAGAUCUAUCAGUGGAUUUUAGGAAAGCGCAAUCGUCUUACUUGAAAAGGAUGAAGGGACGUGAGGAGAGGGUUAUUGCUGGUGAGUUGAGACCAACAAUUGAUACUAAUGGAAGAGGAGGAGGAGGAGGAAUGCAGUUUGAUGAUGAAGAAGAAAUUGAAGUACUAGUAGAUAAAGGUACAAUAAGAGCUAAUACUAAUGUAUACUAAUGGGAAACCUACAUG